AAGAAAUCCCAGGCGUGGAUUAAUUUGGCUGCGGAAUGGAUGAAUCCGAGCUCUGGAAAACUCCUUUGUGUGUCAGUAAUUUCUGAGCAAUGCGACUGAAGAUCCACUGAUCCGUCACAAAGUGUCAUGGCAACACAGUAUGAUUGACGGGCGCAAGAGGCAGAAACCUUUUUCCACAGUCGUAUUCCUUGGGAAAGCGUUUAUUCGUGCGAACGGUAUGCUCGUAGUACCCCCGCCGCUAAGCUCCGGCUAAGCUGAAACUAACCUCACCGUUAUAUUCAAUGCGAGGGAGACACCAAUAAUUUUUGUUUCUGUCUCUCUCUCCUUUCUACUCUCAUUUCUCCGAUCAAGUAGGCCGCUGCAUGCAAGUGCUGUUCAUCAGACAGAAACGAGCCAUUCAUUAGUGCAGCUCGCGAGACCCCGGGUCGUGUGGAUGCUUUUACUCGAGCCAGCUCACCGACCGAGAGACUGAGAGAGAGAAAGUGUGGCGAGGAGGGAAAAAAUAAUCUGACCACUUUCCACGUCUAGCUAGCUACCUUGCAAGCUUGCCAAUGUGAUAUGUAACAGCGGUCAAAACCCCGAUUUGCGAUUUGACAGGCCGAGGGAUACCAUUAGUAGUUUGCGACACACCAUCUCGACGCAAAGCCUUGGAUAUUUUCAGACUUUUAUUUGUGGAUCACUCUCUUUGGUUUCUUUGGACUACUUUAGCGAAAUAUUUUCAUCAAGAGUUGCCGAAAGUCAUCUCGCGACAUGGCACAGAGGGGUUACGAUGACGGGCUGCCGCAUUACGGAACCUUGGACGCAUCGUCUACAUCAAUGUACGAGGCCCAUGCCCCUCGGACAGCCGUACACUACUCGCAGGCUUACGCUCAACCUCACAUGAACCACGCACCAUCCGUCGCUCAUCCACAAUUUUACCCUGGACAUACACCUUCAAAUGUCAUUACUCCAUCGGUCACACAAAGUGUCACAGAUAUUCACAAAAGGGACAAAGAUGCAAUCUACGGGCACCCGCUAUUCCCACUGCUCGCGCUAAUAUUCGAGAAGUGCGAGCUAGCGACAUGUACCCCGAGAGAGCCCGGAGUGGCGGGCGGCGAUGUGUGCUCAUCAGAGUCAUUCAACGAAGACAUCGCUGUUUUUGCAAAACAGGCAAGGGCAGACAAACAGUACUUUUCCAGCAAUGAGGAACUGGAUAGUUUGAUGAUCCAAGCCAUUCAAGUAUUAAGAUUUCACCUUUUGGAGCUAGAAAAGGUACAUGAACUAUGUGACAAUUUCUGCCAUCGGUAUAUCAACUGUUUGAAAGGCAAGAUGCCCAUAGAUCUGGUCAUAGAGGACAGAGAGGGCAUCGGGGCUAUCAAAACAGGGGCAGCGUCACCAACAGAUGGGGGAUCAGACAACCACAGUGAAUCCAGAAGCCCCAUGGAUCAGUCAUCACAAUCUGGUAGUCAGAACCCCGGCCACACCCCACUGGUAGGCGGGGGAGGAGGCGGCGGCCCCAAUUCUGUCGGCUAUGGACCCCCUGACGAUCUUCAGUCCAACCCCGGUUCAGACCCACCCCCUCUCCCCAACGUGAUGUCUUCACUACAUGGAGGAGGAGACAAUGGAAGUGAAACAGGACCAUUGAAUCUUCUUUGGAGAACAGAGAAUGCCUUGCCUUGCCUUGCCUUGGCGCCCACUCUCUACCCCAACCCCCAUCCCACCCCUUUUGCUUUUUGCAAGGCUGGAGCUGUACCAGUUACACUUCAAAUCAUCUUCUACUUAUCCACAAGCAACGAGGCACAGUUGCAAUGGUUCCUAACCUUCGGUCGUGCCAUGUCCAGUUUCCCUCAGAUUGCCAGAAGUUUUGUGUUGCUACGUUCCGCCGUCAACACGAGUGGGCUUCAGCACUACAGAACAGGGGCAGCUAGAAGUGAAGAUGAGGCUGAUACAGAGCUGAAUCACUUAGGAAUGUCUGUGAAGGGAUGGCACAAAGAUUAA